GGUUUUUAAUAUUUACUUUGAAGCUUUUCUUUUACAAAAUUACGAAGAAUUUUCCUCUCGUCACUCUUUGCAGAUCUCUCAAGUUUUUCUCAUUUUCAUCCCCACCACAAAAUUCUCUCAUUUUCCUCUCUAACAUGUCUUCAGAAAAUAUCAGGAUGAAUUUUCCUUUUAUUCAACGAGAAUCUAUCUCCAAACUUUAGUUUUAAUUGUGAAAUUGGUGAGACGUGUGGAAAAAUGAAAAGUUGCAAUUUCUUCCUUUAAAAACAUAAAAAAAUAUAAACAAAAAAAAAUCAGAAAGAGAAAAAUUCUCAAACUGUGAAUGCAAAGAGAAAAAAAAAAGAAAAUUAUUCCCAAAGAAGAAAGCCAAAAAAGAAAAUUCGAGGAAAAUAAUACGGAUAUUAAGCAUCACAACAUCGAGCAAAUGAGGAUAAAAUGUCACAAACGCUCGUCAUUGUCGUCGGAUUAUGUGUCGUGAAAAUGGCCAUAAUUGUUAAUGGUGGCAACAGAAACUACCAGCAGACUGAACCAAAAAUUGCAGACUCUAUAGAAAAUAUUACGGCAGUGAUUGGAAAAGAUGCCGUGCUUAAUUGUUUUGUUGAAAAUCUUGGCUUAUAUAAAGUUGGUUGGAUGCGAUCCGAUCAAACAGUUCUUUCUGUUGGAAAAAUGGUAACACAAAACUCACGCUAUUCAAUAAGCCACACAGAAUCCAACAAGUGGAGUUUGAGGAUUCAUAAUGUCAGAGAAUCAGAUGAAGGCUGCUAUUUAUGUCAAAUUAACACGCAACCUCUACUAAAGCAGCUCCAUUGUAUUCAACUACAAUACCCGCCAGACAUAUCAGACGAUGAGUCGUCUUCAGACACGACAAUACAAGAGGGACGAAAUGUCACUCUCCAUUGCACAGCAAGAGGAAAUCCAAUUCCAAGGAUAUUCUGGCGACGAGAUGAUGGAAUCUCUAUCAUAGUCAGAAAUGAAACAGGCACAAAUUUAUUUGUUGAUACCUUCAACGGUAGCUCAUUAAAACUUAUGAACGUUCGGAGAGAUCAAAUGUCAGCUUACCUUUGCAUUGCUGUAAAUGGCGUGGAACCUGCAAUUUCCAAGAGAAUUUUCCUUCAUGUGCAAUUUGCACCCAACAUCACAUCCGAUUCACAACUUGUCGAUGCACUUGAAGGAACAUCGCAACGAAUCGAUUGCCUUGUUGAAUCAUUUCCAAGCCCGAUGAGUUAUUGGGUCAAGGAAGCUGUAACAAUGCGAGGUGGAAGCAGCCAUAAAGUUUUAAUAGAACAAAGUGAAAAAUAUACAAUUCAUGAGAAGAAGAUAUCAUCAUAUAAAUCGAUGAUGAUUUUGACAAUAAACAACUUGACUCAACAAGACAUUGGAAGCUAUGUUUGUAUUUCAGGAAAUCCCUUGGGCAGUUCAAACAAAACCAUCAAGAUUUAUGAGGUCAGAUUGACCACAACAACAACCACGACAACAACAACCCAAAGUACAACAACAAGUACUACAAUGAAAACAACGACAACGACAAGAAGAAAACUUUAUUAUUAUCAUCCUCGUACGACAUCAACGACAACAACUCAACUAACAACUGAACAGAUGACAGAGUUUGACUUUGAGUUUGUUACAGACUUUCCUGGAUCGAAUUCAUUAUUUUAUCCUGGUGUGGAAUCAUAUCAACAUCACAUAAACUACAUAAACUCCCAAAACUCUCUUCGCGAUAAAAUCCACCUUCAUUACUUUUCAAUGUCGCUGCUUCUCCUCAUCUCGAUGAUCUCCUGAUAUUCAAUAAUUUAUGAAUGAAAACUGUUCUUAGCUGUGUAGAUAUAAGAAAGAGAAUCAAACAAGAAAAACAUAAAAUGAUAUCAACAGAGAGAAAAUGUUGAUUCACUUAGUGAAGAAAAAAAAUGUUUUUUUGUUUUGUUUU